AUGAAGAAGAGCAAGAUUAUAUCUGCAAGAACUACGUUCCGCACUCUCAUGUUGUGGGCAAGAGCGCAGAUCGGCCCUGGAGUUAUCUCCACAAACCACUCCAAGAUGGAGAAAUUAUAUGAACUUGUCUCCAACCAUAUUGAGGAUACCGAUGCUGACAAGAUGCAUGCAGACCAGCCACCGGUUGAAUGCCAGGAUCUUGCGUUCGUACUGGUUGACUUUGCUCGUCUAGUGACAAUACACGUGAUUUCCUUGAACCGCCACUGGAAAGAGGAAGACGUUAUCCCAGGCGCAGAGCAUUGGCACGACAUCUGGAGUCCACAGCAAGGACCAGACUGGAUAGAUGAGACGUCAGCCGCCAUCGAAGAAGUGCAUCGGUGGCGUGCUGAAGUCCUGGACGGUUCCGGAAGCGGACAUCUACCGAUUGUCAAACAUUUGAGCGACGAGCAACGAGCGUUUAACGGCUUCGGCCGCCAUCUUAGCCACGACGUCGUGUACAGCCUCGGCAUCCACCCAGGAAUGCCGGCAUCGGACGUAUGCAGAGAUGAUGUGCUCUUCUCCCAGUGGACAUCGCAACAGUAUCUCAUCCGGGUUGCGAACAUCCCAAACUCCGAAAAUCCCUUUGCAUUCAACGACAUAUCGAACCAACGCUACCUAUCCGAAUCCGUGCUGGUCUAUCACAAGCAGUGCGUAUAUGUUCCAGCAGAGCUGAACGAUCGCCUCGCUCGUGCGGGAAUGUAUGACCCUAGCCACAUCAUUGGUGUAACACCGGAUCCGAAGGCACCUGGCAGGCCUGGGCGCCGUAAGAAGGAGAGAAAUGGGCUUCCCGGAAGGCCGGCAAAACAGCCACGGGUGCAGGCGCUACAAGAUCGCAGCGAACUCGGGCUGUGGGGUGUGACUCAAGAGCCGUGGUCUGCGCAGGUUCUGAUCGUGAGCAUCAAGGCGGGAUGUCGUACACAGCAAGCACCGCAUGGAAAGGCUUCGAGCUCGACCACAUGGGAGAGCGCGCUGGGGACAUACGUCCGAUCCUCGCCAGGGAUACUGAGUCGUCUAGACAACGGCCGCCCACAUCGACGGUUGAGCAGGACGCUCGCCACGAGCCGCCCCCUCGCGAGCGGCGCGGGGUUCCGCACGACCAUCGGGGGAUCGAAGCAGGGCGGUGGUGCUGUUGCGCGGGACAUGUGCAGCAUGCCCGGCCGUGGUGUGGACUCGUGGAUGAGGCCGGGCGUCGGUAUCUCGUGCGCGGGGAUCGUGUGCGCCAUGACGCGCGUGCGCGAGGCGAUGAGCGAGCGCGGCACGUAUGCAGACUCGGGCGCGAGGAACUGCAUCUGCAGCUCGAGCGGGCCGUCUGCGAAGGGGUCGUCGCCCGCGAGGGGGGACGUGACGGACGCGAUGCGCCGGCGCGACGGCGGCGGUGGUGGUGCGCGACGGCCGCUCGUGAGAUACUGCCGCUCGACGGGCGAGGAUGCGGACACCGAUGCGGGCGUCGUGCGGGCAGCGAGUGCGGCGCGGUUGUGCGCUGAGGCGGCGGCGGCCGAGAGGUUCUUGUUGGGGAUGCGCGACCAGGACGACUGGGCAGACACUAUGGGCGACGGCUGCAGGGUGCGGAAAUGGCGCGAGGUGGGUCUACGAUGGGCUGGUGCGCAAAUCCUGCAAGUUUCCGCCGGUGCUCAGAUUCGAGGACGUGUGGAAGGACUGCUGUCCUGUUACUGUGUCGCUGUGAAGACAGAGAGCGGCGCGUUUAUACCGUCUGCGGCGCUGCGGUCGUCAGGCAGGGGUGAUGAUGAGACGUGAAGGAUGGGCUGGAGAGACAAUGCCAGUGCGAG